UUGGCACAUGUGCUAUAUGUCUGCCUCGCUGAAGCGCCGAUCGUCCUUUUCCCUUCACUUCGAAUGCCUACAACUUCUCUCGUGGGCUGCCGCACUGGCGCCGCCAUCGCCACCGGUUCUUCUCGGCAUUAUCUCAUACGCGAUGGAGAGGAAAAGGGGCAACCCAACUUCUCCGCAGCAAGAGGCAAAGAGGAGAGUUUGCUGCAAAACCCCGUUAGCUCGUGCGGAUGAUUCAAUUCCGUAUAUUCCCGAAGAAUUGGUUGAGGAAAUUCUCUCAAGAGCGCCCGCUGAGUCUCUGGCUCGAUUCAUGUGCGUUUGCAAAUCUUGGCACUCCUUGUUCUCGGACCCAUUCUUCGUCAAGAAGCACCUCAACUUUGCCCAUGCAUCAAGGAAUCUUGCUUAACACCGUUGUAAGACCCUUAAUCUUUAGAUGCUAUAAAUUUCCCCCAAUUUUCGGCUUUGGUUCUACAACUGGAGUGCUAUCGUGUCGUGUACCUUUUAUGGAUGGAGCAAAGAUUGUCAGAGUAAUCGUUUCUUGCAAUGGCUUGGUGUGUUUGAGAGCCAAUGGAAAUGUUAGAAUGGAGAUACACCUGUGGAACCUUGUUAUAGGAGAAUACAUCAAAUUGCCUUACACAUUUACAGUUCAUGGUGUUAACAUAUUUGGGUUUGGCUACGAUAACUCCAUUAAUGAUUUCAAGUUGGUAAGAAUGCACAGGGAUGAUAUUAACCGUUUUGGGGCUGAGAUUUACACUCUGGGAGCAAAGUCUCGGAAAAAGAUUUCAAACAUCCCCCAUGGACUUCCUUAUAGUCGGGAUGAGGGUGUACUCGUUAAUGGAGCUCUCCACUGGCCAGCCGGUUAAGGGUCCGGCUCCGAUUUAUUUUUAAAAGCAGGUAGUGGUUUGGUGUCAGGAACAUUUUGGGUUGUUGUUGCUUUCGAUUUGGUAAAAGAAACAUUCCAAGAGUUGCCACAACCUGACUAUGAUGACGACUGUUUCGGAUGUGAGAAUAGGAGAUUAAAUUUGGGUUCAACUGGCGGAUUUCUCUGCAUUGUUUGCAGCUAUAAGGAAAGUCAUGAUGAUGUGUGGAUAAUGAAGUAAUAUCUUAUCAAAGAGUCGUGGACUAAAUUGGUCAGAAUCCCGUUUGCGCAAGCUACUAAUCCUGUUAGGGCCAAGCCGAAACUGGUGUACUGAUGGAAGAAUGGUGCUCUGUACAGUUCAAAAGAAAAAGAAAUAAAGGAUCUUGAUAUUUGUAGCGUGAGUGAUGUUCUUGCAUUACCUUGCUACCCAAAGAUAUAUGACAUCCAAUUCAACCCUCACGUCGAUAGUCUAGUUAGUCCUAGGGAGGUCAUGGGACUGAGUAACGAACAUGUAAGGGUGGACCUAAAAGGGAUGUGAUGAAAACUUUUUGUUCUUUUUUAAUGAUUUGUAUGUGCCAUUUUUAUCAUUUUUCUUCAAUCUAAAAUUUCACGAUUCUUAUUCUGAUGGAAC